CGCUCACCACUUUUCUCCUGUUCUUCCUGCUUGCUACUACGAAUCCUUUUCCUGAUCGCUGGAUGUUUGCAACCUCUGGGACUCUGGAUCACUCUCGGACUGGUGAACUCUUGUGUUCUGAUUUGCUGGGACUGCUCUGCUGCUGAACUGCUGUGUGUGUGCUGAAUAAUGGCCACGCUUGGACUGGUGUGUGUACGUCUGUGUGCUGGACUAACUGGACACCGUGCUUCCCCAUGGAUCCGGUCUUUGUGCCACCUUUCUGGAAUGACCAUAACUCAGAUUGAUGAGGAGGUUUCCAAACUGUUAAAGCUCAAGGCUCAGCUUGGAGGAGACGAUGUCAAGCACACAUUUGUUCUUAAAACAGCCAAGGGGACCAGGGACUACAAUCCCAAACAGAUGGCCAUCAGAGAGAAGGUCUUCAACACCAUCAUCAGCUGCUUUAAACGCCAUGGUGCUGAAACCAUCGACACCCCUGUCUUUGAGCUCAAGGAAACGUUGACGGGGAAAUAUGGUGAAGACUCCAAACUCAUCUAUGACCUGAAGGACCAGGGAGGAGAGCUGCUGUCUCUGAGAUAUGAUCUCACCGUUCCUUUUGCUCGCUACUUGGCCAUGAACAAAAUCACCAACAUCAAACGCUACCACAUUGCUAAAGUGUACCGCAGAGACAACCCAGCUAUGACCCGUGGCCGCUACCGAGAGUUCUACCAGUGUGAUUUUGACAUUGCAGGCCAGUACGACCCAAUGAUUCCUGACGCUGAGUGUUUAAAAAUUGUCUACGAGAUCCUGAGCGAGCUGGAGCUGGGUGACUUCCUCAUCAAGGUGAACGACCGGCGCAUCCUUGACGGAAUGUUUGCAGUGUGUGGGGUUCCUGAUGAGAAAUUUCGCACUAUCUGCUCUACUGUGGACAAACUGGACAAGAUGCCCUGGGAGGAUGUCAAGAAAGAGAUGGUAAAUGAAAAAGGCUUGUCUGAGGAUGUGGCCGACCAGAUUGGACAGUAUGUCAGCAUGCAAGGUGGGCUGGACCUGGCGGAGAGGCUGCUGCAGGAUUCCAAACUCUCACAGAGCAAGCAGGCCUGUGCUGGCCUCACUGACAUGAAACAGCUUUUUAGUUUUCUGCAGCUCUUCCAGGUCACAGACAAGGUGGUGUUUGAUCUGAGUCUGGCUCGUGGUUUGGAUUACUACACCGGUGUGAUCUAUGAAGCAGUGCUGUGUCAAACGCUUCGGCCUCCAGAGCCGGCAGAGCAGAACGGUGCUCCAGGGGAUGAGGCCGGCGUGACCGUGGGCAGUGUGGCAGGCGGAGGGCGCUAUGAUGGCUUGGUGGGCAUGUUCGACCCUAAAGGCAGAAAAGUUCCCUGCGUGGGUGUCAGCAUCGGCAUCGAGAGGAUCUUUUCCAUAAUGGAGCAGAAAGCUGAGAUGUCGGCAGAGAAGAUCCGUACCACAGAAACACAGGUUUUGGUGGCCUCUGCACAAAAGAACCUCCUGGAAGAGAGACUCAAACUGACUGCCGAGCUGUGGAACGCAGGAAUUAAGGCCGAGGUGCUUUAUAAGAAGAACCCCAAGCUACUGACUCAGCUGCAGCACUGUGAGGAGACCGGCAUCCCGCUGGUGGCAAUUUUGGGGGAGCAGGAGCUUAAAGAUGGGGUCAUCAAACUUCGCAAUGUGGCCACACGAGAGGAGGUGGACGUGUCCAGAGCAGAACUGGUUGAAGAAAUCAAGAAGCGAACAUCACAGUGCUGAGAUCCACAGUUACCACAGAGACACAUCAUGCUAAUACACCCUCAGCACUGCUAAAAGUCAGACUGUCGCAUACAGAAGUACUAUAAUACAUGUCUGUCAUUAGUUGAUCUACUCAAGCAUACAUUACACUUAUAUCUGACAGCCAUGGUUUCAUUAGCUGAUCUCUCAUUUUCCAUGAAGUAUGUACAUGCUGUUAGUCACGCAUCAUUGUGAACGGGUCAGACUCUGUCCACUCAUAAUUAAAUCCACAAGAAAUCCGA